AAUUCGAUUGUCGACUCGCCCAAAAUUGGCUCGUGGCGAUUUUUUAUAGAUUUUCAUAAAAAUUCUGCAAAGAAAAUUAAAAUUAGUUCUUCUUACGACACCUGUUAAAAAAGAGAAGAGUUUGUCAAUCAAGAAAUUGAAGUGUACCGUGUACGUUCGUGUUAGAUUACACGUAGUACCUACCGUAAUCAAUAGAAGUGUUUACUGUUCUUGUGAUACUUUUUUUCUAUUCUGAAUUGUUCAAAAGAAAUUAUCAUACAGCAACACACUAAACAUACAGCAACAAUAAAAUAACAUACCACAAUGGUGAGACUAUACGCAAUUGGCGUUCUCUACAAAGGAGUGAACAGUGGAACUAUACUCAAAGCUGCAUACGAUUUACAAAGUUUCAGUUUCUUUCAACGGAGUUCUGUGCAGGAAUUUAUGACUUUUGUUAGCAAAACUAUGGUAGAAAGAACUCAACAAGCUUCAAGGCAAUCGGUAAAAGAAGGAGAGUAUAUGCUUCACGUAUAUGUAAGAGCGGACAGCCUGGCCGGAGUUUUAAUAUCAGACCAUGAGUACCCAAAUCGUGUAGCUCACACGUUAAUAACUAAAUUUCUGGACGACUUCACGGCACAAGUGCCGGCAGGCAACUGGGCAACCGGGAACGAGACAACAAUUGACUUUCCGAUUCUUCCUCAAUACUUGGCCAAGUAUCAAAAUCCCAAGGAAGCAGACGCCCUAACAAAGAUACAAAAUGAUCUUGACGAGACAAAAAUUAUCUUACAUGACACAAUAAAGGCAGUUUUAGAGAGAGGAGAGAAAUUGGACGAUCUGGUGGCCAAGUCCGACUCACUGUCCAUGCACAGUAAAGCAUUUUACAAGACGGCAAAGAAAACCAAUAGUUGUUGUAACUUUUAAUAUACUUUGUUAUCACACAAAAACAUCCCUAAAUGUU